UUGGCUAACAUAUGCUAGCACCCCGCUAAUGCUAACCCCUUAGCGGUUCACCGUGUACCCUAUCGCUUAAAUAAAAAAAGAGAAAUAAACGACAUCGGCGACUAACAGCAAGUGCGAAUUCUUUUAAACGCUAACUGCGUCGAUGUGGAUAUCGGUGACACACAACGCGCCUCCGCGAUACUCCCAGCUUGUUAGCUAGCAAACUCAAGUCGGCUCAGCUUUGAUAGCCGCUGUGCUAACGAUGCUAGGUAGUCUCAACAUGCCAGUCAGCAACGUCGGCUCGCCGUGGAUGAGAACACGAAUCGGUGCAGCGAUCGAUAUAAGCCCGCGUCCCACGGGAUUUUCCUUCAAAUACUAUUCAGUUCAAGAAGCUGUCCACCCCUCAUGGAGCAUUGAGGUGGAAGGAUUUACAUGUCAGGAUGGAUGGGCAAACGCAGAGGAUACAGCUUGUGUCAGCAGACAGCGGAGUAGCGGUGGGACACAGAAUCCAGAUUGUGACUGAUCAACAGACCGGCCAGAAGAUCCAGAUUGUUACAGCACUGGAGCCAUCCUCUCCAGUGAAGCAGCAGUUUAUUCUAGCCAAUGCCGACUAUUCCCCAGGGAGCAAAGUAAUCCUGUCCAAGCAGGAGGGCUCUCCUAACAAGGUCAUCUUGGCAGCUCCAGAUGGCUCUGGGGUUAACCAGCUGCUUUUUACCUCUCCAGAGUUGACUGGGCAGCAGAUCCAGUUUGUGACUGAAGGCUCAGACCAGUCUAUCAUCAAGCCUGUGGUGGAGUACUGCGUUGUCUGUGGCGACAAGGCCUCAGGUCGUCAUUAUGGAGCUGUCAGUUGUGAGGGCUGCAAGGGCUUCUUCAAACGCAGUAUCAGGAAGAACCUUGUGUACACGUGCAGGGGCUCUGGAGAGUGUGUCAUUAACAAACACCACCGAAACCGCUGCCAGUACUGUCGACUACAGCGCUGCAUAGUUGUCGGCAUGAAACAGGACUCUGUGCAGUGUGAGAGGAAGCCUAUGGAAGUAUCCACCAGAGAGAAGUCUGUCAACUGCGCUGCUUCCACAGAGAAGAUCUACAUUCGCAAGAACUUAUGUAGUCCACUGGCUGCCACGCCCACGUUUGUAACCGACAAAGAAACAGCCAGGUCCACAAGUUUACUGGAGUCAAGCAUGCUGCUCAACAUCCAGCAGCCCUUUUCCAAACUAGAGAACACCAUUUUAGUCCCAGCUUCACCUGACAAGGAUGAUCCAUGUCAGGGUGACCUGAGCACACUGGCCAAUGUGGUGACAUCCCUCGCCCACCUCAACAAGACCAGGGAGGCAAGUGAGGGCGGCAGUGAUCUGAUGGGGGUGGAAACCCUUAGCAACGGGGAUGGUUCCAUGAUGGACAUCCAAGGAGAUGAACAAAACACAAGUGAAAUAACUCGAGCCUUCGACACCCUAGCUAAAGCGCUGAACCCAGGGGAUGGCUCAGGCAGGGACUCCUUGGAAGCCACCAUGCAGUUGAUGUCAGGGGACCAGUCAGGUCCUGUGGUAGAGCUAGAGGGACCUCUCCUCUGCGACAGCCACGUCCUCUUUAAGCUAAUGAUGCCUUUGCCCGUGCCAGAGUUCCUUAACGUGAACUAUAUCUGUGAGUCGGCUUCACGGCUGCUUUUUCUCUCCAUGCACUGGGCACGUUCCAUCCCUGCCUUUCAAGCCUUAGGUGGUCAAGAUAAUGACAUUAAUUUGGUGAAAGCUUGCUGGAAUGAACUUUUUGCCCUGGGUCUGGCACAGUGUUCCAACAUUAUGAAUGUGGGGACCAUCUUAGCUGCCAUCAUCAACCACCUACAGACCAGCUUACAGGAAGAGAAACUGUCUCCAGAGCGUGUGAAAUUAGUAAUGGAGCACAUCUGGAGGAUGCAGGAGUUCUGCAACAGCAUGUCCAAGCUGUCCCCAGAUGCGUACGAGUAUGCCUACCUCAAAGCUGUUGUUCUCUUUAGUCCUGAUCACCCAGGCAUAGACAACAUACUGCAGAUAGAGAGGUUCCAGGAGAAGGCCUACAUGGAGUUGCAGGACUAUGUCACAAGAACCUACCCAGAGGACACUUACAGGUUAUCUAAGCUCCUGCUGCGUCUCCCUGCACUCAGGCUGAUGAGUGCAGCUGUCACCGAGGAACUAUUUUUCGCUGGUCUGAUCGGCAAUGUGCAGAUCGACAGCAUCAUCCCCUACAUCCUCAAGAUGGAGUCCACUGACUACAACAGCCAGGUGGUCUCUGGUGUCUGACACCACCCCACUUGGGACAAACUGUACAAGCCUCCACAGCAAUGCUAAAUGGCCAGCCAGUCAGAGACGAUGCUAAAUGGCCAGCCAGUCAGAGAGCUGAUCAAUGGAUAGAUCAACCCAAUGCUGCUAAGCUCAAGCUCAUUCAGCGCAUGGCCUCUCCCUUGAAUCCUGAGGUUUCCCCUGCUUGUUUUCCUUCCUUUUGGGAUAACUUCUCCAUAUCCAGUUGGGGCUUAUUGGGCCUUCUUCACAUGACGACGACAGAGUUGGGCUGGAGUUGAGCUGACAGUAUAUGACCACAACAUCUAUUUGUUCAAUUUGAUUUUGCCAGAGUUACGUUGUGCCAGAAAUAAAUGGGCCUGCAGCAGCUACCUUGAAUUCAGAAGACUGGUGUGGUUUCUACAAAGAACAAGGGGGUUAAAAUUGAGCUUACACUGAGGGUAUGUGAACUCCACAUCAGUGACAAGCAAAGCCUGAUUGUUUUGUUCAUUCCGAUGAAUCAGGGAUGAACUCUCAAAACCUACGUUGUGCUUAUUUUAUGAUAUUUAUGCUUCAUAUCCUCCGACCCUUUAUUCUCUGUAGAUCUUAUUUGUAUUUUGAAGAAUACAUUUUAUGUUUUUCACUGCUUUCUCAUCAAGGUUUUGCUUUAUUUUCAUAAGUUCCCAAGGAAAAAACCUUUGUCAUAAUGUAAUAGUGAACUGAAAUGCAAGGAGAUGUUGUUAUUGUAAAAGGUUAUAACCUGUAUAUUUUAUUGGCCUGCCAGUCCAAAGGAUAUGGUCCACAACACAAGUCAAAUGACAUCACAUGGAUCUGAACUAAUUAUGUAUAUAGAUAUGUGUAUAGAUUGAAGUGAGAAGACUAUCAUUGGCAAUAGUUGCUUGUACAUUAAAUGCAUCAUUUGAGCAAAUUCAUGUAGUUAUCUAAACUGUCAUGUCAUUUGAAAAUAAAACAA